AUGUCGCAGUCUACAACGAGCACAGUCGAGGCACCGCGCAAGACUAUAACCCUCUUGAACGGCAAGACGUUCCACUUCGAUUCCAACGAAUCUACAGAAUCGGCGCAGAUCCCAAUAAUUGAUGUGUCCGGCAUUUACAGUGAGAGAUUUGAAGACCGCCAAGCCGUGGCAGAUGAGAUCCGGGACGCAUCGAGGCAGAUAGGUUUCUUCUACAUGAUAAAUCAUGGUAUCGAUAUGGCUUAUGCGGAGGAGGCGAUGAACCAAGCCAAAAGGUUUUUCGCGCUGCCUGAGGAGAAGAAGAUGGAAGUGUUCACUGGUUUAGUUCCCAAUGAAUAUGUAGGAUUCCAUCCUCUUGAGCAUUACAAUAGGAAUGGCUGGAAGCAUCGAGAUUUGAGUGAAGCCUUCAACUGGGCGUAUGAUCCAGCCGAAGAUCCCGAAGCGGUCGACAAGGAGGGCAAGUCCAUCAGUAUCUGGCCAUCUGAUUUGGCCGGGUUUCGAGAAGGUCUCUAUUCAUAUCACACCAAGUUGCUACAGCUUUCGAGGCGUCUAACCCGGAUCUUCGCCCUGGCAUUGCAGCUUCCAGAGGAUUAUUUCGAUCAGUAUGUCAAGCGACCAGAAGCUGGUAUGCGCAUUCUUCAUUACCCAGCACAAGAACGCUCCGCAGAUGAUCAGCAGGGUAUCGGUGCCCAUACGGACGUAGAAUGCUUCACUAUUGUUACUCAGGAUUCUUGUGGCGGCCUUGAGGUUCUUAGUAAGAGCGGAAGUUGGAUCAAGGCAUCUCCGAUCAAAGACUCUUUCGUCGUGAAUAUUGCGGACUGCUUUAUGCGACAGACAAAUGACUUCUUUGUCUCCACUGUACACAGAGUUAUCAACAGAACCGGCAAGGAGAGAUACUCUGUUCCUUUCUUCUGGGGAUUCGAUCGUACCAAACUCUUGGAGCCUGUGCCGACAUGCAUCAGCAGCGAGAAUCCGAUGAAAUACCCCGUUGUCGCUGGUGGAGAAUACUAUAACUGGAGGUCUGUGACACAAAAGGGGUUUGGAAAGCUAAAGGAGCCAUCGAAAGCGGCGGAAGAAGGUAUUUAG